GUUUAUUAAUUAGAAGAAUGCCUGUAUACUUUUCGGAAAUUGAUUUAAAUUGGGUCAAAGAAAUAAUUGAAAGCACCCAAUUACUUAUUAACAAUUCCGGUCAAAUGCAAAAUCAAAGUGGAUAUACUGCACCAACAAAUACAUCAGAAUAUUAUUAUGGGAAUAGUAAUACUCCAGCUGGAGGUAACGGAAACGGUAGCAGUGGUACAAAUCCUCAACCAACGGCACCUCCGUCGGCAUCAUCGCAGGGAUAUACUUCUCGCGAUGGUUAUGAAGUGAGUGGAUACUCCUCUGGUUAUGAGUACGGAAAUUAUCCUACACCUGCAACUUCAGGGAACUUUCAAGCAGGUCCAGGCUCAUCAGGUGGUUCUACAACUCAACAAUACAAUUCAAGUGGUGGUUAUAACAGUGGAACAAAUAAAACGGGCUAUUCAGAUCGAGAUAACGAUUAUGGUGAAGGUCCCGGUUAUGGCGGCAAUAAAAAUCCUUAUGGUGAUAACUAUGGUGGUAACUACAAAUCUCGUGAAAAUAACCGAGAAGGUGGUUAUGGUCCAUCAUCCAAAGAUGGCGCUUCAUACGAUAAUUUCGGAAACCAUCCUGAAGACGGUUCAGUAGUUCAAAAAAGUACCGAUACCGUUUAUAUUUCAAAUUUAAGCAAGGAGGUUACUGAAGAGAAAUUGGCCGAUUAUUUCG